AUGACACACUUUUCACUAGUAAAAAGUAUACGAAUUCGUGGUAAUAAGGCUCUCUCGGAAGAAUCGAUUAAUGAGAUAAAAACAUCUCUUCCAUGGUUCGUUUUGGACUUACAGGAACCCGGAGAAUGCGGAGUGCCAUCACCGUUCAAGACAACUGCGGUUUUGAAUGGAUGCAAGAAAGUUUACGGUACUAUUCGUGUAAGCAGAUUCAUUGAUGAAGUGAAGCGCUCGCCUACCGUGCAUUCAUUGGAAUUGGUUGGAUGUCUUCAAAUCGUUGGCACUCGAAUCAAUAACGUUGACUUUCUCGACGACAUCAGCAGCUUUUCAUUCGUGGAGAAUACAUGUGGAUAUGAAACGACGUGUGAUGGCGGUCGUGUCGAUGACGUGUAUCUUGACAAUUUGUACGGAUGCAAAAAUAUUAUUGGGAACCUGACUCUCCAUAACUUGAUAAAUAAGGACAUUGAUGUCUUGGUUGCAAACAAUGCCUCCUUCCUAAAGCAUCAUAUGCUUCCGCUUGCAGCCAAUUGCCGAAUUCCACCCAAAGAUAACUUCCUAUUGUGUGAACGCAUUAAAACGUUGCUGUCAAAGGACGUGGUUAUCAUGAUUGGUGGCGAGCGCAAUCCAUCCUGUGUAUUGCCUCAUCUUCCUCAUCAAGUCAAAAAGUCCCAUACAUACAAGUAUCUCGGCUCAACAUACUCGUUUACGUUGACAAAGCUCAAAAAGGUGGCUCCAUUCACAACGGCAUAUACUUACGAUGUUGAGAAAGCUCCAAAAGGAAAACCUGUAGAAAAGAGUAAACGGACGAUUUACUAUUUCAGAUGGGAUUACGUUCGGUUGCCAGUGGAAUUCGAUGAAAUUUUGCAAUUGGCAAUGCUGUACAAACCUGGCAAAACGGUAUGUGUUAGUGAUCGAAGAAAAGAGGUGUUUUCGUUGAUACACAUGCUUCACACGUUUUGUCACACGCUACAGGAGAAUAUAGGCUUCGUGGAUGCCUUACAGCUUCACACUGAGAAGUGCAAUGGUAGCGUUUUGGAUCGCGAUGAACUAGUCUACGCUAUGGCUGUCAUUAUGGAAUGGGCAUAUCAGACACGCAGCGUCCCUCCUGAACUGAAGAAGGCACAAUGGGUUAUGCAGGUAGACAUGAGCGAUCAGCGGAGCCAAGCUUGUAUCGAACUCGCGAAAGGGAUUGGGGAGGUCGUGCUGACCAGCCAAUCUUAG